AUGAGUGGCUCCUUUGCCAGUUGCCGAAAUGAAAAAACCAAAAAACUUAGCGCGCGCCAUUUUGUUUUGUUAUUGGAGCGAAGAUAUUUUACAGUACCAUGUAUCAGUAUUUUUAUGAAAUAUUAAACACAUCGGGGUUUCACCUCUUAUUUAUGCAAUCACACAUGUCUCAUAAACGCAGUAAGCUGAGUAAACCAACGAUUGAUGAGCAGCUGCUGUCUGCAAUAAGCAAUGUCAAUGCUAUUACAAAUCAAGGUGUUCGAAGUAGAAGUAAAACUAUUGAGAAGAAAAAUGCCAGUAGAGAUAUAGUUCUUCAAAGAAACGAAGAUGGCGAACGAAUUAUUCAUAAGCCGAGGCAAAGCACUUCGAGCAAUGGAAAUACCCAAAGAGAUGAGGAAAUGCCUACAACAUCGUCAGAUUUACAUGAUGUUCCACAGGAAAUGUUAUGUGAGGACAGUGUUACUGAAAGAGAUCUUGAAGCCAUUCUUGAAAGCUGUCAGUUGGUUAUUAGAGAAGUGGAUACUGGGCCAUCUGCUUGGCAAAAAAGAAUGGAAAAUCGAGAAGAAAAUUGGGAAAUGUUGUAGAUGCAAUGAAAAUGAAGCUGUACUGAGAUGCAGACAAUGUGGUGUGUUGAGAUAUAUUUGUCAAGAAUGCGAUGAUGUCCAUAAGAAUAAUCCUCUCCAUGAUCGAGAAGUGUGGUUGGAUGGUUAUUUUCAAUAUAUCAAGCCAACACAAUCCAUUUCAUCUGAUGGAAAGAUUUGCAGCAUUGAUCGAUCAUGUCCCAUCCUUUACCCAUCAUCAUGUCAGUUGUGUAAUGAAUCUAUCAUCAAAACUACCAACAGCUCUCUUGUGAUUAUGAUCAAUGUGAAGGUGAAAAUGUCCUUAUGCAAUUUUUUUACAGAGUCCAAAUAACAAUUUUUGAUAUAUGGAUGUACAUAUGAUGCAUCUUAUUAAAAUCGGAUUUGUUAGGGGCUCAUUAUCUUAGUCACAUUUAGAAAAGUACAUAGGCAGCAGGUUGGAUUAUACACUAAUUCAUAGACUUUAGAUUGAAACUAAAAACUUCAAAUCAUUGAUGAAGUUGCUGGCUUCUUAUGAA